AUGUCUGCCCCUGUUUCAGAAGGCGGCGAGAAGCUUGCAUUCGGCAAAGAAGGCCAGCCCAGCAAGAGCCAGGACCAAACUGAUAUUAUCUAUCCCAGGGGUCUCAAACUUGCACUAUUAAUAAUGUCUAUCUUUGUUGGCAUGUUCCUCGUCUCACUGGACCGCCUCAUCGUAUCGACUGCCAUUCCCCAAAUCACCAACGAAUUCAAGUCGGCCGGUGACAUAGGCUGGUAUGGUACUGCUUACUUGCUCACAAACUGCGCGUUCCAACUCCUUUUUGGCAAGGUGUACACGUUCUUCAACGUCAAAGCGACCUUCUUGACAUCCAUCAUCCUAUUUGAGGUCGGUUCAGCUCUGUGUGGCGCGGCUCCUAAUUCAGUGGCCUUUAUACUCGGUAGAGCAAUUGCUGGUCUAGGUGCUGGCGGAAUACUCUCAGGUGUCAUUGUCGUCAUUGUCUACGCUAUACCCUUACACAAAAGACCCAAGUAUCAAGGGUUUUUUGGUGCUGUCUUUGCAGUCGCUUCGGUCGCUGGCCCCCUGAUUGGCGGUGCUUUCACUACCGAUGUCACCUGGAGGUGGUGCUUUUACAUCAACCUUCCAUUGGGAGGUGUGGUCAUGGUAUUCAUCUUCUUCCUACUCCAGGUUCCAGACCGCCCAACUGCCAAUAUCCCCUUGAAAGAAAAGCUGCAUCAGCUGAAUGUUCUAGGGAUGAUUGCUCUGGUUCCAGGAGUUGUCUGUCUAUGUUUGGCCUUGCAGUGGGGAGGCACAACGUGCGCUUGGAGUGAAGGGCGAAUUGUUGCCUUGCUCGUAGUUGCAUUUGCACUUCUGAUUGCUUUUGCCUUAAUCCAAGUGUGGAAACCGGAGCAGGCUACACUGCCACCACGUGUCUUCCUUCAACGCAGUAUCGCCUCUGGCUUUUGGGUUAGUUUAUGCCUCGGAGCUCACAUGAAUCUGCUUGUUUACUAUCUUCCAAUUUACUUUCAAGCAAUUGACGGUGCCUCUGCCGUCAAUAGCGGUAUUCGCCUCCUUCCUAUGGUGAUACCAAUUGUAGUAGCCUCUAUCCUCACCGGUCAAUUUGUUUCUUACAUUGGCUAUUACACUCCUUUCAUGAUCUUUGGGGUUUGCCUCACUGCUGUUGGAGCUGGCCUACUCACUACUCUUGAAAUCAAUACCACUACUGGAAAAUGGAUUGGCUAUCAGAUAAUUUACGGAUUCGGUCUUGGUUGCUCAAAUCAGACACCUAACAUGGCGGCCCAGACAGUACUACCACGCGACCAAGUGGCCAUCGGCGCCUCGCUCAUGUUCUUCGGCCAGACGCUCUUUGGGGCUAUUUUCACGUCAGUCGGCCAAAAUGUGCUUGAAAACCAGUUGAUCAAACGUUUCCUAGAUAUUCCCGGAAUUACUGCGAAGCUAAUCCAAAGCACAGGGGCAACUGAUAUCCUCAAAUUUAUCCCCGCUGAUCGUCAUACAGAGGCUCUGGUGAAGUAUAAUGAUUCGAUUCGUGUAUGCUUCCAGGUAGGCUUAAUAGUGGCCUGUCUAUCUAUUAUAGGUGCUGUCUUCAUGGAGUGGCGCACUGUCAAGAAGGAUCUUAAGAAACCUGACUCUGAGGCUGGAAAAGGUCAGGCCGAAUCAACCGAUAACAAAACCAUGGAAGCCAACCAAGAGAAAAAAGAAAAUCUAACUGAGGCAGAUGUGGAAAUCAAACAAGAGAAUGAAAAGGAUAAGGAAACAGCAUCUGCCACCAGCACCGAGGCGACACGUACUGCCUCGCAUGAGGGUCAUACUAAAGUUACCCUGGAGCGAAAGGAUCAUAUUGAGAACUAG